AUGGCUGCGCGGCGCAGUGUUCUCAACGGAACUUCGGCCUGGGAGCGAGAGGAGAAAACAAGUCAGCAGCGGGACUAUGCAGCCCAGCUUCAGGAACAGAUUCUACAAAAGCAAGCAAGGCAGGAACAGGAAAAAGCGCGCAGGCAGCAAGAGCAACACGAAGAAUUGAAAAUGCUGGAACGUGAGAGAGCUGCAGCAACUCGCAAGCGGCAACCGCAUCAAGAACAAAAGACUACAACUGAGUCUUCACUACCAGCGCCGUCCCCCCAACGAGUAAUGACAAUGCCUCAAAUGCCGAUAGGAGACUCACAGCAACAUGGGGCUCCUAUGGUGUCCCCAUUAAAGUCUGUCGGUGCUGAUCCAGGCACUGGAACCACCGCAGGAGGGCUUUCGACCGAAUCAUCAUUACCUGCGCCAAACGUCGGGUCCGAGGCCUAUAUGCCCGCGUUCAGCUCUGCACCUUCAGUUUUUGAGUCGAUUCUUCGGGAGCCUGGAAUCGGUGCUCGAUCAAUCACAUUUUACGAGGAUUUAACAGCGCUCCACAAACUUGCUGCUGAGUUGGAUUUGUCAGCGAAGCAAAGACGAACAGAGGCUCAGAAUCACUACGUUAAACCGAACUUCCUUUGUCAACAAGAGGUUUCAACGGCACCAGCUACCAUCUCGCCAACUGCUUCACACCCCCCUGACAGAUUAAGUGAUGACAUGAUAAUGCAAAAAGACAUUCAGCUAAAUGACAACCAUCCCGCAAUCUCUCAAACAACAAUACGAUCAAACCUCGACGGCCUGCGCGGUGAAAGUGUGCUACUGCCACUGACUACAAGUAAACUAUCGCCAAGCUUUUCUCAUUCGAAGAAGGUAUCCCGUCUGAGUGCGUCUCCACACCGCCAAUUCGUUGCUUCAAUGGAGACCGAAGAUGACAUGGCUAGCAUGGGAGCUCUGGAUAACAGCAGCGAGAUGCUGCGCUUUACAGCCGCUAAGUCUUGA